ACUUCGUCUUCUGCGCAUGCGUCUCAAGGCCAUCGCAGAGCCGGAAGUCGAGCAGUGAUUUAGCCCCACAGACAGCUAGCAGCGGAAAGAUUUAGCGAGUUCACAAAAGUUAUUUUUUAGACGGAAAAAGUUAUUUUCGAAGGAACCCGGGAGCUCACAGUGACCCAACGGGGACGCACGAUGGAUUCUGACCGGUUUCGGUCGUUUGUUUCCCGCGAAGGGGAGCGUUAGCGGCCCUUGAAAGAAGUUGUGAUUGUUUUUUGGCGCUCCGGGAGCUAACGCUAGCUGCUAACGCUAACCGCUUACGCUUUCUGGACGGACGGAACCGAGCUGCUGGAGGUCCGAGGAGGUUCGGACAGAACAGAGUCCCUUCUCCGCCAGCCGGAGGCCCGGAAGGUUCGGAUGCUGGAAGCCGCCCCGCUGUCUCAACCCGAGCCGCCGUUCCUCCCUGCAGACCCUCUGAAGCUCUGAGGAUGGAAGCAGAGCUGCUGGAGCCCGGAUCUAGACGUCAGAUGGUGCUCUGAAGAAGCCAUGGGUAGCUGUCUAAGCUGUCCAGAGAAAGAGUCAGUUCCAGAUAAUCAUCAGAGCAAAUUCAGGGUGAUCAAUGUGGACGACGAUGGGAACGAGCUGGGCUCAGGCGUGAUGGAGCUGACCGAAUCAGAGCUCGUCCUCCACACCCAUCGCCGCGACGACGUCAGGUGGCCUUACCUGUGCCUGCGUCGCUACGGCUACGACUCCAACCUGUUCUCCUUCGAGAGCGGCCGGCGCUGCCAGACUGGCCAAGGUAUAUUUGCCUUCAAAUGUUCUCGAGCCGAGGAGAUCUUCAACAUGCUGCAGGAGGUGAUGCAGAAUCACAGCAUCAGCGUGGUGGAGGAGGCGGUGCUGGACCCCAACCAGCAGGGCCCGCUCACUCCUGCAGCUCUGGGUUACUCAGUACCCACAGUGCCAAACGGGGUGAGUCGGCUGCCCUCGGUGGGCGAGACGCCGUCUCACCCAUCCACCCGUCACCCGUCUGUGGCAAGCACCCGGCUGCCGUCUGUGGGAGAGGAGUCCACGCACCCGCUGCUCGUGGCUGACGACGCGGUGCACACCUAUGUGAACACCACAGGACUCCUGGAGGAGCAGCCCAGCCCGCUCGCUGUCAUCACUCCCCUGGAGAGCCCCACCUCCCCACAGUCUCAGUGCCCUCCCACCCCGCCGCCUCCUCCCAGGGCCCGCCUGGAGCCCGCCGCCCCCGUGGCCCCCGCCCCCCAGCCGGAGCCCCAGGUGCUGCUGGAGCCUCAGGGGGUGCGCUUCGUGCUGGGCCCCACCCCCGUUCAGAAGCAGCAGAUGGAGAAGAAGAGGCAGCAGGAGCUGCAGGAGGCGGCCGAGCUCCUGGAGACCAACGGCCCCACGCCGGCCCCCGCGCCGGCGGAGCCGCUCACGCCGCACCCCAACGGCUCCUCCUCCUCCUCCUCUUCCUCCUCCAACCCAUCCACGGCUCCCCGCCGCCACCGCCCGCCGCCCCUGACGCCCGACUCGCAGAACGCCAACAACUCGGCCCAGCGGCGCACGGCGCUGCUGGACUACGAGAACCUGCCGGCGCUGCCGCCGGUGUGGGAGGCCAGGAAGCCGAGCGCGGAGGAGGAGGAGAGCGCCGACGGCGGGCUGAAGACGCCGUCGCUCAACGGAUACAACCACCACAGCCUGCUGCAGCACUCCUACUCCCACCCGCUGUCCGCCGUCCUGGAGCCCUCGCACAACUACGUCAACACGGAGAACGUGACGGCGCCGCUCAGCGCGCACCGGCCCGACACGGCCCGCCGGCGCACCGACGGACCCACCAUUUUUAACUUCGACUUCCGCCGGCCGCCGCUGCCGGGCCACGCGGAGCCGCCCAAGACUCUGAACUACAUCGAGGUGGAGAUGGACGGCGGCGGCGGCGGCGGAAACAAAGGCGCCUCGGACGGCAGCAACCCCCACACGCCCCGCACCCCCACCUCCCCGCUGCCCCCGACCACGCCCACGCGGCGCACCGAGCUGUACGCCCUCAUCGACAUCGAGCGCACCGCCGCCAUGUCCAGCCUGCAGAAAGCGCGGCCGCGGGACGACGGCACGUCUCGCAAGACGCGGCACAACAGCACGGAGCUUCCCACCAAGAGCGCCGCGUGACUUUACGCCGCCGCCGCCGCCGAGCCGCGCACGGACUCCGCUCAGACCGGAGCUGUUCCCCCCCCCGCGGGUGGACCGGUACUAUAGCAGAUGUAAUACCUCUGAUGAAGACGAUGAUGAUGAUGAUGAUGUAACAGACUGCUUUCCUUAUAUGGUACACGUCAGUAUUACUGAACAAACAUUCCAGUUAUCCUUUUGUACGAGUCACUGUGCUGCUGUAAGACGACACAUGUACAGUAGAUCUGACACAAUAAAUGUCUGCUUUUAUUUGUACUCGCU